ACCAAACACCAUAUGAGUGGUCUGAAUCCAGUGACCCUGUUGACAUAAUGAUCACAGGUUUGUACAAGAAACCUUCUCUGUCAGCCAUGAGGGGACCUGUGGUGAUGUCAGGAGAGAACAUGACCUUGUCCUGCACCUCUGACCAUCAGUUUGACAUGUUCCAUCUGUCCAGGGAAGGUGUGCCUCAAGGACAUGGGCUGCCUGCAGAGCAGAGCCACAGAGGGACAUUCCAGGCCAACUUCCUACUUGUUACUAUGAUCCAGUCUGGGACCUAUAGGUGCUAUGGCUCUUUCAGGAACUCUUCCCAUGUAUGGUCAUCCCCAAGUGCCCCACUGUUCAUCUCUGUCACAGGAAGUCAUGACAAACCUUCACUGUCUGCCUGGCCAAGCCCUGUAGUUCCUAAUGGACAGCAUGUGGAAAUUCGUUGUGACUCUAAUAAGUAUAACACAUUCAGGCUGUACAAAGAACAUGGAGAACCUAAACCUCAGAUCCAUGACAAAAUAUUCCAAAAGAGCCUUCUCCUGGGCCCAGUGACAAGAGCAUAUGCAGGAACCUACAGAUGCUAUGAUUAUAAUUGUCAAUGUCCUAGUGAACUCUCAUCACACAGUGACCCUCUGGAGAUCAUAAUUUCAGGAAUCUACAUGAAGCCUUUCCUAUUGGUCCUAUCAACUCCCCUGGUAAAAUCAGGAGAGAAGAUGACCCUGGAGUGUCUUUCAGAGAUUAUGUUUGACACUUUCAUUUUGACUUCACAUAGAAAGCAAAUGAUCAAUAGCUCUUUCCACCUUCCUGCAGAAUCUCAUCAUGGGGGGUCCCAUGCCAGCUUCUCAAUAGGUCCUGUGACACCUGACCAUGCUGGUGUUUACACAUGCUAUGGUUCUUAUAACCAAACACCAUAUGAGUGGUCUGAAUCCAGUGACCCUGUUGACAUAAUGAUCACAGGUUUGUACAAGAAACCUUCUCUGUCAGCCAUGAGGGGACCUGUGGUGAUGUCAGGAGAGAACAUGACCUUGUCCUGCACCUCUGACCAUCAGUUUGACAUGUUCCAUCUGUUCAGGGAAGGGGUGCCUCAGGGACAUGGGCUGCCUGCAGAGCAGAGCCACAGUGGGACAUUCCAGGCCAACUUCCUACUUGUUACUAUGAUCCAGUCUGGGACCUAUAGGUGCUAUGGCUUUUUCAGGAACUCUUCCCAUGUAUGGUCAUCCCCAAGUGACCCACUGUACAUUUCCGUCACAGGUAAAAAGGUCUUAAACUGUACUUCAUGCAUUGAACCAGACUCCAAAACUAAUAACCACAGGAAUAAGCAUAUACUGGUGGGGCUGUCAGCGACCAUGAUCCUUGUCUUCCUCAUCAUCCUCCUUUAUUCUUAUUACUUCGUUAAAAACAGUAAGUCUCAGGAACAAGCCAGUGAAUCCACUGUGGACCAAGAAUCUGAAGUGAGACCAACACUGAACAGGCAGGACAUUGAAAGACAAGAAGUUCAGGAGGUGACGUACUUAGACUUGGAUCACAUCUUCAAACAAAAAUUGACCACUUCCAUUUCCCAGAUUCCCAAAGAAUUUUCCACAGAUCCCAGUGUGUACAUGGAAGUCAGGAAAUGUUAA